CAGCCGCUCGGUCUGUCGGUCGCGAAGCGCUGUCCACGCGGCGGCGAGAAGAGACGGCAUGUGUCACACUCGCUUCUGAUAAGCCCUGCGCACAGCUUCCUCCUUAAAAACAGCUAAUCGAUCCACUCGGAUGAUAGAGUCAGACAAGACGCGCGCGCGCUCUGCCCCAAAAUCGCAUUAAUUGCAGACGGAUUUGCCGGUCUAAAGUUCACUCCCUGUACCGUGUUCGUGACCCCAGGCUGACGGGACGUCGUGAUUGAGGAGGUCAACAUGAGUCAGGAGGGGCAGGAUGACCCCCUCCAUACCCCUGCAGAAACACCUGAGGAACAAGAAGAACAUUUGGAGAACUGUAAUGGGACAGAGACUGAGACAGAGGAGCCUGAAGAUGGAGACACGGAGAAUAACAGAAACACAGAGGAGGAGGAGCAAGAGAAGGUGACGUUAGACCAGGAUGAUGGGAGAAACGGUGAGAUUGAGAGCAGCUGUUUAGAUCCUGGAACAGAAAAAUUUGACAUCUGUGAAGGUGGCGACAAGCGGAGCACAGAAAAGGACAUAAGCACGACUCUGUGUUCUCUUAGGUUUGAGAAUGGGACUGAAGAUGACAGUGAAGAACAGGAUGAUGAGGAGGUGAUACCUCAAGAGGGAAACCUAGAUGCCUUCAGCUCUACCUUUGAGCUGUCCGUCGAAGAAGCGGAUGCUGAGGUAGAGGACGAAGAAAAGGAGGAGACAGAGACUCGAAAUCAGGACAGUUUCAGCUCUACUUUUGAGAGCAUUGUUGAGCGGGUUGCCAAGGCCACGGUUGUGGAGGAGGAGGAAGAGGAGGAGGAGGGAGAGGAAGAGUUCGACAGGACGAAAGAGAGCCAGGAUGGAUUCAGCUCCACGUUCGAGCGUAUAGUUGAGUCCGAGCUUCUACGAGGUGGGACUUGCUACAGCAGUCUGGAUUCUCUGGACGUCCUGUCGCUCACCGACGAGACGGACAGCUGUGUCAGCUUCGAGGCGCCGCUGACCCCGCUCAUCCAGCAGAGGGCUCUGAUGGGCCCCGAGCCUCCAGAACUGGAGCUGGAGACCGUACAGGAGGGGGCUGAGAGUGAGGGUGAAUUUGGGAUGGAGACAGCUAGGGAUGAAGCCAGCUCUGCAAGUCCACUGCGGACAACUAUACCAGGGAGCAGAUCGGAAAAUGUGUUGAGCCAGCCGGCACAAUGGAGCAUCCCUAAUGGAUUUCACAUUGAGCUGCCUGGGAAUGGACAGAGUGCAGGAAUGAUGCCAAACUCCAUCAGUGAUGCCAACCUCACGGAUGCACUGUGCGACUCUGAGCUGGGCAGCGUGGACACGUUGGAGCGGGGAAGCACAGAUACUCUUGCCAAUGGGUGCCGCGUGGAUGCAGAUGCUGCCAAACGACUGGCCAAGAGACUCUUCUACCUGGAGGGCUUCAAGCGCUGUGACGUGGCACGACACCUGGGCAAGAAUAAUGAAUUCAGCCAGUUGGUGGCGUCGGAGUACCUGAGCUUUUUUGACUUUACGGGAUUGUCGUUAGACAGAGCACUCAGGAACUUCCUGAAGGCAUUUCCUCUGAUGGGAGAAACGCAGGAGAGAGAGCGUGUGCUGGUGCAUUUCUCCAAACGCUUCUGCCACUGCAACCCAGAGGCUCUCACCUCAGAGGAUGGUGCUCACACACUGACCUGCGCACUCAUGCUUCUCAACACAGACCUGCACGGACAUAAUAUCGGGAAGAAGAUGUCUUGCCAGCAGUUCAUUAGCAAUCUAGACGGCCUUGACGACGGCAAAGAUUUUCCCAAAGAAUUGCUCAAGGUGCUCUAUAACUCAAUAAAGAACGAGAAGCUGGAGUGGGCGAUUGAGGAAGAGGAGUUGAGGAAGAGCCUCUCAGAGCUGGUGGAGGAGCAGUGUGAGACGGGAGGGAAGCGGGUUGUCAGGGUAACGGACGGCAGUAACCCUUUCAUCGGCAUCCCGCUUUUACUCAAUGCCACCACGUACAAACACGGAGUUCUGACACGAAAGAGCCAUGCAGAUAUGGAUGGCAAACGUACCCCCAGAGGCCGCAGAGGCUGGAAGAAGUUUUACGCCGUGCUGAAGGGGAUGAUUCUCUACCUGCAGAAAGAUGAGUAUAAGCCUGAUAAGGAUCUGUCAGAGGUGGACCUGAAGAAUGCAGUACGAGUUCAUCAUGCUCUCGCUACUAGAGCCUGUGACUACAGCAAAAGACAAAAUGUCCUCAAAUUGAAGACCUCUGACUGGAGGGUCUUCCUCCUGCAGGCCCCAAGUGAGGAGGAGAUGAUGUCAUGGAUUUUCAGGAUUAAUCUGGUCGCUGCUCUCUUUUCGGCUCCUGCUUUUCCCGCUGCCAUCGGCUCCAUGAAGAAAUUCUGCAGGCCACUGCUGCCUUCAUCCACCACUAGACUCAACCAGGAGGAGCAGCUGAAGUCCCAUGAGAAUAAACUUAAGCAGGUCAGCGUGGAGCUGGAGGAGCACAAGAGAAGCCCACCAGAGCUGACCCCCAAGAGCAAAGAGUCAGAAGAGUAUCGAAUCAAAGAGCACUAUUUAACCUAUGAGAAAUGUCGCUACGAGACGUACAUCAGCCUCCUGCUGGCCAAGAUCCGCGCUGGAAGUGAUGACUUGGACAAGAUUGAGGCCAGUCUGUUCAGCGGUGAAGGGAAAGAAGGAUACCUGCGCAAAACUCAGUCCAGCCCGUCGAUCAGUCAAGGUCAGGGGGUCAACGGACGGGCCACUCAUAAACACAUCCCAGAAAACAACAGCUGAAGGGCUUUCACUGAACUCACCAGACCCCCCAACGACUCCAACUGGCAGAAAUACAAAACGUAGCAUUAUAACGUCCUUAUUAUUUCCAUGUACAGUAAAUUUAUGAUGACAGUUAUAUGUAUUAUUAGUAUUAUUACUACAGGAAUAAACAUUGUUAAUAAUGCAAUGAACAUUAUUAUGUGCCAAAUAUGAAACAAUGAGGAGACCAAGACUGUAUAAGUGGGAGGAAGUAAUAACAAUGCGCUUAAUGUCAAGAGAAAGUAGACUGCAGCAUCCUAAAUGUAUUGCACUGUGAGAUGCAAACACAUUGUGAUGUCAUUUAAAAUUAUUUGACACACAAACUUUAGUUUCAAUUAAAGAGACAUUUGGAGAAAAAAAUAAUCAUAUGCACCCUCAUAUUGGUUCAAACCUGUAUGAUUUUCUUUCUGAAGAACAUAAUGUAUUGAAGAACGUUGGGGUCUGAUUUAUAUUAAACGCCAUUUAUUUUCAUUGAAUGGACAGAACAAAAAACAUUGAAAAAAAACAUUUUACAAAACAUUUCUUUUGUGUCUUGCUAAACAAGUGAAGUCAAAGAGGUUUGGAUAAUAUGAUGGUGUGAUUAAAUAUUUUGGUAAACUGUCUCUUUAAGGAAAAGGGCAAAAAGACGAGAAUUUAAAGGUGAAACCUGUGUUUUUUCAGUGGUAAAGUCUCUGUUUAAUAUGAAGAGACGUCAGUAAAAAUAAAGCAUCAACAGCCCAACCAAUAGCACUGAUUUUAGGUGGGACUGUCAUUUUGAUUGACCAAUGGCAGACAUUGGGGUGUUUCGAAAAUGGAAUAGUUGCACAGAAAAGGCACGUCACCUUUAAAUGAUUAAUGAGAAGUGUUAGGCAUAAUAUGGAAGGACAUUGAGGCCAAAAUUUUAUCACGUCAAAUGUCAACAACCAGUAAGAUCACUGUAUUUGAAUUAUAUUAUCAGAAUAUAAUAAUUUAGUAUUUACAUAUACAAACAUUGUAUAUCAUGUUUAUUUGUGCAAAAUCAUGAUCGUUGUGAGUCUCAAAAUGGUCAAAAAGUGCAUGUACAGUGGUCCCUCGUUAAUAGCGAGAGUUCUAAACAUUAAAAACAUUUUAAAAAAGAGUUAAAAACAGCCUGCAAUAGGUGAAAUCCGCAAAGUAGUCAGCUUUAUUUUUUACAAUUAUUCUAGAUGUUUUAAGGCUGUAAAACCCCCUCACUGCACUAUUUUCUCAGAGGCAUUAACAUUUUCACACUUUAGUCUCUUGUUUAAACACUCGCGUAACUUCUACUUUCCUUUAGCAUGUCCAUAAGUCCAACUUUUUGUGAGAUGGUUAGCAUCUUCCUCUGCCUUUUGGGUGCUACUUUGGGUGCCUUUGACGAUGUAGAACAGGGGUCACCAAUCUCGGUCCGGGAGGGCCGGUGUACCUGCGGGUUUUAGCUCCAACUUCCCUCAACACACCUGCCUGGGUGUUUCAAGUAUACCUAGUAAGACCUUGAUUAGCUUGUUCAGGUGUGCUUGAUUAGGGUUGGAGCUAAAAUCUGCAGGACUCCGGCCCUCCAGGAAAAAGUUUGGUGACCUUUGAUGUAGAAUGUUUAGUCGACAUUGGGAGAAAACUUGCUAAUAUACAGUCCAGCACUUCAGUGUCACACUGCUAGUGAUAGAAGAUAUGUGUCAAUUUGUCAAGCUGAAUGCAUCCUGUACUGAACAGGAGACACGGCACGUAGGAGAUUGAUUGACAAUGGUCUACAACCAAUCAGGACACAAAACACAAUGCACUAAUCAGGACGCUGCAGAAAAAAAGCAUGUCAAAUUGUACAAAAAAAUCCACGAAACUGCGAGGCCAUGAAAGGUGAACCGUGUUAUAAGGGACCACUGUAUACAAAUGCUAAAAAACAUGACAUGAUCAGAUUUUACUAAUUUUCUUUAAAGCAGGAUGUCCAAACCUGUUCACACACAGUGUGACCAAAAUAAUGUACUAAGCAGGUACCACAUUUGAAAAAAUAACCUAUUUUUUAUUUAGUGUGAAUAUGAGUAGGAUGAAGGGAAUCUGGACAUACUACAUCCGCCAUGUUGUUGUGAUUACAUGACCUCAGUUGCAUUGUUUCCAUACGAAUUAGAAAUGAUCCACCAUGGCCUCAUGGGAAAGUAAAAUGUCCAUUGUAAAUGCACUCAAGAAUCAGAACUAGUAGUUCAUGAAGGUACUGCACGCCUACUGUUUUUGAAUGCUAUGAAUUUGGAUAUACUACUCGACUCAUAUACUAUACAUACUAUAUAGUAGGGAAGUAACUCUUUAGUGGCUAUUUACAUGACAAUGUUUCAACCAAAAACCUUAAUAUUUAUAUUUUAUAAAAAGUUUUCCCUUUCUGAUUACACGACUAACGUGAAAAUACAUUAAUCUGAAAAUGGGUUAAAAAAAGUGGACGUUUUUGAAAAUGCUGCCACGUUGUUACUUAUUUACAGGUACUGCUUAAUAACAACGUGACAGUUCAAAUUCUGACCUGGCAUAUGUAAUACAGAGUUUUUGGCAAUAUUUGGUGGAUGUGUAAAUGCAGAUUACUUUGAAAAUGUUGUGUAAACGUGAAAUUUUUUAAACCCCAAGGGAAAAAUAUUUCAGUUUUUGACUACUACAUUGUCAUGCAAGCAUAGCCUAGAUGUACAUUAAACGUACCUAAAACAGCUGAUUGAGUUGGUUGAGCUGAAAAUUGCAAGCCAUUAGACAUCCAGGAGCAGUAUUGGACUACCCUUGUUUUAAAUGCUUUUGGUACCAAUGGCCUUCCAUAUCUUUGUGGCAUCACAAUGUGUGCGGGUAAAGAUUGACAGGUCUGGAUUAGAUGUAGCAUUUGAUGUACUUGUGAGAUGUUCGCAGUAUCAUGAAGUUUAAGGGCUGGGGCGCAUGUAAAGAUUCAUGUGGGCGGCCUGUAGUGUCCUACAAAUACCCCUUUGUAAUUAUUUAUUAUGUUAUAUUUAUUCAUUGUAAAUUUAUUUUCUGCUUUUCGGAGCCAAUAUAGCAGGAAGACGCUUGUAAACCCCCUUAAUUAGUUUAACCUACAUUAUUGUUAACCAAGGACAUGAUGGUUGGAAUUUGGAUGGACGUUUGGAAAUGCAUUGCGAGACAGGGUAUGGGACAUUGUAACAAGGAAGAAAGUUCGAGUAUGCAAAACAGUUACGAAGAGGAAAAAAAACGUUUGGGACUGAAAGCAACGCCCUCAUAUUCUCUAUUCAAUGGACCACAAAGCCUCUAUGUGUCUCUAUGUGCCUGCAGAAAAUUCAACCUGGACUGAAUAUUGAGCAGCAGGACUGCAAACAACCCACCACGAACCUCCGGGCCUCUUUAUCUCAACCACUGUAGCCAAGCGAAAACGUCUCAAUCCUGGAAAAAAAAAACAUGUCACUUUUCAAGAAGAGAAUUGUUUGAGCCACCAAACAGGAGCCUGAAACUUAAACGGUACAAACUUUUGAGCAAGUGCAAGUAGAUUUUUUAUAGUCCUGUUGUAAAGCAUGAGGACAUUGAAAAGAGAGAGACUUUGGCUCUUUUAUGCUUUAUGGAUGUGGAAUGACGUAAAAAACAAGACAAAAAGCUGCAAUUUUAUACGUUCUUAGUAAUGGCUUUCUUAAAGGGACCUCUAUAGCCUACUUUUCGCUUUGGCUGUUGUGCUAACAUGAUUUUCCCGUUUAGGGUAGAACUGAGACGCUGUUGUAAUAAAAGAUUGUGAUGAUUAUUUCACCAUCUC